AUGGAGCACAUAUCAGUGCCAAAGUGUGUCAUUAAUUCCGAAAAAUCUAUGGGUGAUAUGCAGUUUGAAAUCGCAGUUGGAAACCCCGAAGCACCCUUGGACAGCUCGAAUUGGCCUGAAGCUAAAAAUGAGGUGAAUAUCAAGCUGUUUGUACGGUCUUUCUUGGCUGUGGUUCGGAUCAUCGUGCCGUUUCACGAUAGUUCCGGCGAAAAUCCUCAGGCAAUUGAUUAUCAGGAUAACGAACACGAGUACAUUGUCUAUGAUGAAGUGUGGAGACCAAAAAUGUGCUGGGAACACGCCUGUCCCCUAAUGCUGAGAUUCUUGUCGGUUCUUGCUACUUCGCUCUUCCUUCAAUUUCUUGGUGCAAUGCCAAAGUGUUUCCACCAACAUGCGUAUUCGAAGCCAUCAUUCAUUCUGUCCGACCUGCUCUCCACAGAAUGUUGA